GGUGACGUUUGACGUUGACAUUCCAAGAAAAAAACAAAUUAAAAACCGAGGAAACAAUUUUGUUGCGUGUGAGCACGAAAAUAUUAUAAUUUUAAGAAAUUAAGAAAUAUUUUAUUGCAACUUUAACUUUAGUGGAUUGUUAUAUCAAACAAUUAUGUCACUUAAUGUGGUACCCAAAGAUAUAAGGGGAUUGAGGGCUUGUUUAGUGUGUUCUUUAAUAAAGACGUUUGAACAAUUCGAAUACUAUGGCUGCGAUAAUUGUGACGAAUUUCUACGAAUGAAAAGCAACAAGGACAAUGUUUACGACUGCACUAGUAAUAAUUUUGACGGUAUGAUAGCAGUUAUGAGCCCUGAAGAUAGUUGGGUUUGCAAAUGGCAGCGAAUAAGUCGAUUUUGCCCUGGUGUUUAUGCAAUAUCAGUGUCUGGUCGUCUUCCCGCCGGAGUGAUUAGAGAAAUGAAGAGUAGAGGUAUUGCAUAUCGUCCCAGAGAUACCAGCCAGCGAUAAUAUUGUUAUCAAAAGAAGUUUCAAUGUAUCAUAUAAAGUAAAUUAAAUAAA